GUCAGUCAGCCAGUAUUGAAAUAAAAAUGACCUUUUAACAGGACUGUCUGAAAUGAAGUCAUUUCCAGUGCCAGAGGAUCGUCAAAUCUGACCGAAAGAAAUGGAUCAAAACAGAGCUCGCUUAUCACUGCUGCUCGUGUCGUUCAAACAUUGAUGGGACAUUUGACUUUGAUAAGGGCUUAAAAAGACUGUACAAAGAUUCGCAAUGUGGAUUAGAACAGCUGCGUGUUGGCGUCAAGCGGGAACGUUUGCUGCUAAGGAGUGUGCCUUGUAAUGUAUCUCUUCAUGACAAUUUUGACAAUCAUACCCAAGAUAAAGUUGCUAACGGUAUUUUAUCGGUAUUCUACUGUACCAAGAAGAAAGCACUUGAAUGCACCGGUGACGGAAAUUGCAUUUUUAACGCAUUUUCCAUACACCUACAGGGGGAUGAGAGCCGAAGUACUGAGCUGCGUUACAGGUGUUGCAUUGAGAUGGCAGAAAAACGGACAAAUUUGUUAGACAUAGGGCUUAUAAGCCAAAUGAAGUGGUGUCGUCAGCAUCAGAGUAUGACAAAGAGAUCAUAAUGUGUUGUGUUGAUCGUUGCUGGGCUUCCAUGUGGCCCUGGCCCAUUAGAUCGAGGUCAAGGUCGAUGUUGUGUAUCCCGCAGUCAACGGAACAGACAACUACAACUUCAAGAACAUUUACCAAGUUAUCAAGCCACCGUUCGUAGAUCCCGAGAAGCCUGUGAUUACAAUUAUGUGGAGCAGUAUGCACGCUCCAUCGAAGGUUAAAAUUGGUCAGAGACGCAACACAACCUGGAAAGCAAAUCACUGUGUUCCAUUGGUCCAGGGCAAUGUUCGAAUAGAGAAGGUGGAACUCGUAUUCGGAGAACCAGAUAACAUAAAUGUACAUGAAAUUCCAAUUAUCCAUGUUGAAGAUUGCCUGUCGCCACCUGUAGUGGGAAAUAAUGCAGCCUGGACAUCAAGAACUCCAUUGAAUUGCGAUGUCAUUCGAAGUUCCCCAGUUAUCGCGGUCAGAAGCAAUGACUUCCCACCAUUGUCUCGUCCAAUACCUACGGCACGAGCUCCAUCAUCGGACGCUUCCACGCUGCGUACAUCGCUUUCACGGUUUGAUCAUUGGAGCUGUGAUAAGAUACACAAGUCACCCAAAUGAACAGAUAACGGCAGAAGCAUACUUGAAAAAUUACAGUGAUAAGGCAACACCGGAGGUUGUGUACAUCCGCAUGAAUGUGACAACCAGCAAAAAUAAAACUUCUGAAGCAAUUGUGAAAUACAAUGCGGAUAAAAUUGUAACAGUAAUGAAUCAAGAAGCUCUUCUAGAGAAAACAGUAACAUUUGACCCAGAGAUAUUUUUCAACGUUUUUCUGCCUGUUAUAAUAUUUGAAGCUGGAUACAGCAUGAAAAAGGUACAUUUCUUUAAAAACUUUGGAGCCAUUGUGAUGUACGCUUUCAUAGGUACCACGCUGUCAUUUAUGGUUGUUGGUGGUCUGAUGUUUGCUAUAACCAGGGUGAACUCUCUGAAAGACGCUUUCACGGUCAAUGACUGUUUCUUCUUCGGAGCUAUAAUCUCGGCCACUGAUCCAGUUACUAUCUUGGCCAUCUUUAAUGAUCUGAAUGUAGAUGUGACGUUGUACGCGCUCGUGUUUGGAGAAAGUGUGCUGAACGACGCAGUCGCCAUAGUGUUAUCUGGGUCUGUUGAAGAAUUUCGAGCCAGUUCCGUUGAAGCCUACAACAAAGGUGGUGGAUCUGAGGGAUUUAAUACUGAGGCGUUUUUCAAGGCACUUCUUAACUUUGCUGUGAUAUUUGGCGGCGCUUUCCUGAUUGGUUCAGUGUAUGGAAUGGUGACGGCUGUCCUCACCAAGUUCACAAAAUUACGAGACUUUCCAGUGUUAGAGACAGCCCUGUUCUUUUUAAUGUCUUACGCUUCAUUCUUGACAUCAGAAACUGCAGGUCUUACGGGUAUUGUUGCUGCGCUGUUCUGUGGUAUAUGUCAAGCUCAUUAUACAUACAACAAUCUCUCAGAUGAGUCCAAGUUAAGGACCAAACAGCUGUUUGAACUGAUGAACUUCAUGGCAGAAAACUUUGUGUUCCUGUACAUUGGUGUUUCGGUAUUCACGUUUGAAAAUGUCGCGUGGAAUGGCUGGUUCAUAGUUGGAGCAUUUGUAGCUGUCAUCAUAGGGAGGGCCAUCAAUAUAUACCCACUCUCGUUCUUGCUGAACUUUGGAAGGAGGAAUAAGAUAUCUCUCAAAAUGAUGCACAUGAUGAUGUUUUCUGGUUUGCGAGGGGCUAUAUCCUAUGCGCUGGCCAUUAGGAACACUUCAUCUGAGGCCAGAAAGCACAUGCUGUCAGCUACCAUGAUGAUUGUGCUGAUCACAGUCAUAUUCUGUGGAGGCUUUGUCACUCCAGCAUUGCAGUUCUUACAGAUACGUGUUGGUGUAGAGGAAGAGGAGACGGGUGUUGGGCAGUCAGCUGAUGUGAGAAAUGCCAUGUCUCGCCAGCGUCAGUACAGCACGAUGGAGGUACCACGUGGAAUGGCAGACCACUCACCGGAACAGCCAUCAUCUCUUCAGAGUCAGGCUGAGCAGGAUAUACAAUCGAGGUCAUUUAACAAGGCCUUUCUGGUGGCAAAGUGGUACAAAUUUGAUAGAAAGUUCCUCAAGCCUCUACUGACCAACAGCAGACCUAGCCUCAUGGAAACGUGUCCUAGCUGCUGUCUGCCUCUAACUCGCCUGCUCACCACUCAAGAACAGCUUGAGAGUCGGCUUAGUCACGAUGGAGAAUCGGACACUGAUAUGAUCAUUGAUCACAGCGAGCUGUCUAUUGGUGAGAACCACAGCACAAACACCAGCCCUGCUCUCAAUGCUGAUAAAGACCACACUGAGUUUCCCGCUUACAGAGAAGAUUUGAGCUCUGACCUUGCCACAAAUGUAGGUCAAGGACGAAGAUCUGGCCAUCCAAUGAGACUGCAGGUCAACUUUGGGUCACCCUCUGGUGAAACUGUUUGAGGAGCCUAAAGCAUUCGUGUAUUUGGCUUAAAGUCUGAGCAUCUUUAAUAACUUUAUAGUACAUUAACUGUGAAAAAAAUAUUUUUGUGAGCAUGACCUUUGUUCAUGCUUUAAAAAAAGAUUAAUCCUUUCUACUCUACCUGAACGAAGUCAACGCUAUCAAAACAGCUUUACUGCGCUGGUGUUUUACAAGAAAUGUUUAGUGUCAGUCAAGUCCAGAGUGUAAUGUACCCUAUUUUGUGCAUUACAUGUAUCUGGAUUUAUCUGUAUUGUGAAAUAAACAUAGGAUUUGUGUGUGGAUUAUGUAAUCUUUAAAAUUUUAAAUAUUUGACAUAAUUAUUUGUGAUAGUCUCAAAUUUGUGGAAUAUUCUAAACACAAAAUCAGAUAAAGUUAAUGUCGAAUCAAAUUGUUUUCACAGCACAUGUAUUACUGUAUUAUGUUUCCAAAAUAUAAACUCUGUUUUUGCUUGGUCUUGAUUGGAUGUUAUAGCAUGUUAAUGUGCUUCUGAGAUUGUUGAGAUUAUACACAAUUUAUAAACUUAAUGGUGGCAUGUUUCUACCUGGCAUUUUUACUUAUAGUUGUGUAUCAUAUAUGUGUACAAUUAUAUAUACAUUUGAAAUCAAUGAUAUGCUUUUAAAUUUAGUGUGUAUAAAUAUAAAUGUUAAACAUUUAGGUGUGCAUGUUAGUUUGCAAGGCAGUGUUUCUGGUGAUAAUACCUGUGCAAUUUUGUCUCUAAAUGGAAAAGCGAAAAUGGGCCUCUUCAUGAUUUUGAUUGACAACAAUCAGAUUUAUUGCUCAACAAACUUAAAAUAUAGACAAUUUUGAGCAUGUCCCUGAGAAAAAAGCUUAAUGCAACAUCCCAGAUAAGUGGGUGCAGUCUGCACAGGCUAAUCAAGGAAGACACUUUCCGCCUAGACUUGAUUUGUUUAGAAGAAUCUUCCUUUUAACAAAACAUUAUUCACUGAACAGCAAGUGAUGUUCCUGGUUAGCCUGUGCAGACUGCAUAGGCUAAUUUUGGAGGAAACCAAAUGGACAUGCAUUAAGCUCCACUUUGCCAAAGGGCUGCACAUAUGAAAUAUGUCAUUUGUUCAAUUGUGCAAUCUUCAUUUUAUAAAUCUCUUGUGUCUUUGUAUGGUUCUGUGAGGUCUUGUUACAUGUAGCAACAUACCAAAAUAUAGAAUUUAGUGAGCAAUGUUGUAUAUUUAAAUGUAUGUGCAUUCUUUCUAUGUUGUUUUACAUUUAGGUUUGUUCCAAUUCAACAUCAUCGACACAGUACAUACAUUUAGAUUCGCCUACAAUUGUCUCAAAUUUGUGUUAGAUUAUAUGUUUUCUAAUAUUUUCAUAUUGAUACAAAUGAAAUUCUGUGUCUUCUUAUGCCCCCGAUAGGGUGGCAUAUAGCAGUUGAACUGUCCGUCAGUCAGUAUGUCAGUCUGUCGGUCAGUCCGAAAAAAAACUUUAACAUUGGCCAUAACUUUUUCACUAUUGAAGAUAGCAACUUGAUAUUUGGCGUGCAUGUGUAUCUCAUGGAGUUGAACAUUUUGAGUGGUGAAAGGUGAAGGUCAAGGUCAUUCUUUAAGGUCCAAUGUCAAAUAUAUGGCGUCUGUCCCUCUGAAAACUUUAACAUUGGCCAUAACUUUUUCAAUAUUGAAGAUAGCAAUUUGAUAUUUGGCAUGCAUGUGUAUCUCAUGGAACUGCACAUUUUGAGUGGUGGAAGUUCAAGGUCAAGGUCAUCCUUCAAGGUCAAAAAAAAUAUAAUUAAAAAAAGUGGCGUUCUCAUGAAGCUGCACAUUUUGAGUGGAGGAAGUUCAAGGUCAAGGUCAUCCUUCAACGUCAAAGGUCAAAAAAAAAAUUCAAAGCGGCGCAAUAGGGGGCAUUGUGUUUCUGAUGAACACCUCUCUUGUUAUAAUGGGAAAUAAAUAAAUCAUCUGUAUGUGUGUUACUGACCACAACAUAUAAUAACCAGUAUGCUUUCCAUAUUGAAAUAUAAACUCUCACAAGUUGGCUAAAGAAUACAUUUUUAGCUCACCUGAGCGAUAGCUCGAGGUGAGCUAUUGUGAUCACUCAGCGUCCGGCGUCCGUCCGUCCGUCCGUCCGUAUACAAAUUUGUAAACAUCUUCUUCUACUAAACCAUUGAGCCAAUUUCAACUAAAUUUCAUGUGGAGCAUCCCUAGGUCAUGGGACAAAAGAAUUGUUAAAAAAAAUUUGAUCACAUAACCAAGAUGGCCGCCAUGACCAUAUAUGGUAAAAACCUUAAAAAAUCUUCUUGUCAGAAACCGCUCAUCAGAUUUUCAAAAAAUUUCACAGGGAUGACCUUUGAGGGCUCCCCUGAAAAAGUUGUUCAAAGAAAUUUGAUUCGUCAAAAAACAUGG